CCUAUUAUUAGGUAUAAGUCCAAGGAGAGCAUUCCUUAGACCAAUAGAUCAUGGCAGUAGAGAUAAGUCUGCAAGGGAGUGAUCUCUGGAGACACAGGCUGCAGAGAUUGGAAGCGAUGUUGACGCAAGAGUCCGUCUCAUGCGAUGAGAAGACGACCCGGGAGCUAUUCACUGCAGCAAAACAAGGCGACGCGGAUGGAUUCAUCAGAGUCGUAGAACGCUACCGUUCCGAGAGCAAUCUACGUCUGUGUCUCUGGGUCAUUCUGAGCCCCUCCCGAAACACGUUGCUCCAUAUCGCCGCGGCCCUUGAGAGAGACGAGAUCCUGAGAGCCAUCGUCAACCACUUCCCCAACCAGCUCGUGGCCGGGCAAAAUUGCAGGGGAGACAACGCCCUUCACUUUGCAGCCAGGGCCGGAAGAGUCCCCGCCACCCAAGUCCUCAUUGGCCGAGCAUCAGACACCGGUGGGGGCGAGAUGCGGCGGGCUCUCCUUCAAGUGAGGAAUGACAGGGGAAACACGCCGCUGCAUGAGGCCGUCGUGAAGGGCCACCUUGAAGUGGUUCGGAUCUUGAUAGAUGAGGAUUUGCAACCCAUGUAUUUGGAGAACAAGGAAGGUAAAUGUCCGAUCUCUGUGGAUGUCGAGAGUGGCAACUUGGAGGUUCUCAGGCUUCUGUUGGCAGUGCCACUUGACCCAUCGAGGAUUCAAGGCGUGUCGCCCGUUCAUGCGGCUGUCUUACACGGCAAUCUAGACAUGCUAGGGGAAAUUUCUAGGAGAAAUCCACGAUUCUUUGAAUUGAAAGAUGAUAGACGGCGCACUCCGCUUCAUUUGGCAGCAUACAUCAACUACUGUAACGGCACCAAAUUCCUGCUUGAAAAUUUCACCUCGAGCGCAAUCGAAUAUGACAGAGACGGCCAUUUUCCGAUUCACCUUGCUUGCAAAGAGGGUCAUGUGCAAGCAAUCAAGGAGCUGCUUCGGCAGUGGCCAGAUCCCACAGAGUUGAUCAAUAGACAUGGACAAAACAUCCUUCAUGUCUGCGCCAAACAUGGACGAAUCCGGGCAGUGAAGUACAUACUCGGGAAUGCCGACCUCGAGAAGCUCAUCAACGAGAGAGACAACGACGGGAACACCCCUCUGCAUUUGGCCACAUUGCCGUGGCACCCCGUGGUUCUGCUUGAUCUCGUGCUGGACGGAAGAGUUGAUCGUGGGCUUCUCAAUAACGAGCGCUUGACGGCUCUUGACCUUGCGACGGAGCAAAUCAAAAGAAGGGAUACUACGCUUCAAAAGAGAUUAGCAUCAAUGAUUUUGAAAUCUUCCGGGGCACCUACAAGUAAAGAUUUGGCUAUCUACAAGUCAGGAAAUCGAGAAAUGAUGGCGGAAUAUAUAGUCCUUGCUCUCCAAAACGGAGGUAUAUUGAGGAAACAAAUGAAUGUUCGUCUGAUCAUUGCCACGCUCGUGGCCACCGUGACCUUUGCAGCUGGUUUGGCAGUUCCUGGAGGUUUCAUCGAGAGUUCUGAAGCUAACCCAGGAACGGCUACAAUGCUGAACAGGGGCAUGUUCCAUGCCUUUGUCAUUUGCAACACCAUCGCAAUGUUCAGUGCCAUGGGCGUGGUUGUCUUAUUGUCUUGGACCCAAAUUAAUGACUCUUACGUUGCUCUAACUUCCCAUAUAAUUGCGAUAAAGUGGCUGUUUAUAUCUCUCGGAACGAUGUCCGUAGCAUUUAUGGCUGGUGGCUACUUGCUCGUCUGCAAGCUCCCUUGGCUCGGCUCUCUCGUCCUGUUGAUAGGAUGCAGUGCCAUAUACCAUAACUGCAGUAUGUAUAUGGCCAUGUACGUGCCUUUCGUGGUGAAUACGCCCUAUGUCCGCCGCAUAGCCUUCUAUAUCAUCCGCGCAGGAAUUGCAAUAUCGAGAAUUCUAGAUGUCUUCCCCGAAGUCCUGCAAGAUGAAGACUCGCCACCUGCAGGAAUGAGUGGAACAAGGACAAUGGUGACGUUGAAUGUGAACCGUCAGGCAACUCUACCUUAGGCGCCUUAGGCCAGUGGUACUUAGCCUUGCCGAUCGAUUCCGGGCCAACUUUUUACUAAAUGUAGCCUAUCUUAGACAUGUUGAGCUUCUUUGAUUUACACGUCAUUUCAAUCUUUCAGACACCUUCCGGUAUUCGUAUGUCUAACUAUCGAUCUACUUUGCUGUGGUGUUGUA